AUGGGGAAGCGGUCGCCGAGUCUGGACGCCGAUGGCGUCGACCCGAUCGAGACGAGCCCAACGCGACGCACGCGCUCGCGCUGUGGCACGUACACGCAUGCCAGCGACGACGGCGAUGAUGACGAAGAGCAGACGUCGUCAUCAUCCUCGACGUCGUCGGUCACUGGCCGCAGCAGUCGCCGGCGCCGCAUGCGCGCCAUGCGCGUCGAAGGCCACGAUGGCCGACCCAACCAGCUGCUCGUGUCCAUGGCGCCGAACGCUACGUCCAACGUCGUGUACUUUCCGGGCGAUGUGCAGGAUUUCGAGCACCGCCUGCGCAAGAGUCGCUUCAAAGCGUGGACGGCCUACUCGUACGAAGCGACCGCGCUCUCGCUCGCCGCCAAGUUCCCGGACGCGACGAUCUGGAUCGUGCAACCGGCGACGAUCUUACCGAGCGGCGUGAGCUGCUACGAGCACUUUCUCCUGCCCGAGGACCAUGCUGAUCCGAUCGCAUAUGUCCCCCACGGUCAUGCGAUGCGGCAUCUCCAGCGCCUCAUGCAGAACGCAUCCGAGUGCAUCGACAACGCUGCCUACUUGCGGCCCGACCUGCCACUGCACCUCGUUGGCUUUAGCCGUGGCGUCGUUGUGCUCAACCAAAUGAUCACCGAGCUGGCCGCGAUGCCGCCCGUCACACAGGGCGCCUAUGACGCGCCGGCCGUGCGCCAUUGGUUCCAGCAGGUGGUUUCGAUCCACUGGGUAGAUGGCGGCAACGGCAGCAGCGCCGGGGCCCUCCCAUCACACUCUCUCGCGCUCUCAGUACUGAGCGACUUUCCGACGCUUGGCCUGCAUGUUCAUUGGACGCCGUACCAGCUCGCUUCCCGUCAGCGUCCGUGGAUCGCCCACGAAAAUGUUGCGUUUUGCAAGACCAUGGAGGGCCUCGGGUGUCCGCCUCGCGUGCUUGAGUACUUUAGCCACAAGCCAGGCUCGCUCGAAGAUCAUUUCGGGGUCCUCGAUGCUCUCCAGAUACAGUCGACCGUCGCCGACGACGACGUGCCAUGA